GAGCUGGAGGAGAAGCGCACUGAGGAGGCGCGACUCAUUCCCCACGGUUCUCAUCAGGGCGUUAUAAAGCGUGACCUUAUCAACGAGGGCAAGCAGAGACAGCACUCUGUCCUCCUCUGUCCGUGGAGCCACCCUCUCUCUCUCUCUCUCUCUCCCUCGCGCCCCGAGGCCUUACAGCGCUAUAGUUACCACCAUGUCUUCUGCGGCGAGGGUUUCACUCCCCCCGGCCCCCGCCAAAGCUCCCAGGAAGAGAGCCGAGCCCCAGAAGAGGAAAUCGGGUCCCACAGUGUCCGAGCUGAUACUGAAGGCCGCGUCCGCGUCCCCGGAGCGCGGCAGCGUGUCCCUGGCGGCCCUGAAGAAGGCUUUGAAGGCCGGAGGAUACGACGUGGUGACGAACAAAGCCAGAAUUCUCACCGCCAUCAAACGCCUGGUGGCAAGUGAGUCCCUUGUCCAAACCAAGGGCACCGGAGCCGCCGGCUCCUUCAGGCUGAACAAGAAGCCCUCUACUCCUCGGAAGACUGCGCUGAAGAAGAAGAAGAAGAAGCCGAAGGCAAAAAGGGUCAAUAUGACCAGCCCGAGGAAAACAGCUGGAGAUGAUGCUACUCCAGCUGCCAAGAAGUCCCCCAAGAAAAGAAGCAAGUCAAAGAGUCCUGCCAAGAGUCCUAAAAGGGCCAAGCGCAGGACCGCUAAGUCUACCAGGACCAGAGCUGCUGCUGCUGCUGCCAAGAAGUAACAACUCUUAACAAACCUUGGAUGCACCUAAACGCCUUGUGGUUUGCGUUUUAAUGCCGCUAAAGAGUGCACCAAAUUCUGCCAAUAUUUGCCAAGAACUUCAGCGGGCUUUUACAAAUGCAUUUCCUCCAAAUUUGGAAACACUGAGCUUGCAGUUUUUAUGAUGUUCAAUUUUGUUCUACUUUGGUCUGUACAGAACGGAAUUGCAAUUGAUUCGAUAUAAUAAACAUAUAUACAUUUAC